CUUCGCUUUCAGCGCGUGGGUAAGCACAGAGCGCUGUGCAUGCAGUCUGAGAAUGCGCUACAACUUGGAAGUUCAACGUCAAAUAACUCACAGAAGCGACAAGAUAGGUUUUCUUUAGUUCUGCAUCCAGCGAACCGAAAGAGCACGAAGAGAAGAUACCGGUCAUUCCUGUUAACUUCUUAACUCCCCUUAAUCUGUUUUCGGGAAAGUUUUUUUUAAAAAACCUGAAGACAUGCGAGUGGGUUUUACAAUUAAGUGGAUAUUCCAGGGUUGGGUCACGCACUUGAUCGUUACUCUCUGCGCACAGACAGCCCUCUCAAGACCAGCCUGCACCCCACACCAGUAUGUGAAGGAUAAGAGGUGCUGCAGCAAAUGUGAACCAGGAAAGUAUGUAUUUGCGCAAUGCACAAGCGAGUCAGACACCAUAUGCCGGGACUGUGGAAGCGACGAAUACCAGCCAGACUGGAACAAUGAAACUAAAUGCCUCCCGCAGAAAUAUUGUGACUCAGAGAAACGCUUCAGCAAACGUCAGCAGAACCCCUUGGCCGCUGUACCCUGUCAGUGCAUGCCAGGGUACCAGUGCUCCCUCAGCAACUGUGAGUACUGCGAGAAAAUAAAGGCCUGCAGCCCCGGACAAGGCCUCAUCACAGACAAAUCGGGCCGGGGCUCCUGCCUGCCAUGUGAACAUGGUUACUUCUCCAACGUCUCCUCAAUAGAGCCCUGUAAGCCUUGGACUAACUGCAAAGCACUCGGAAAGACUGAGAGACUGCCUGGGAGCACAAAAGCAGACGCAGAGUGUGGACCACUUAUUGCUGGUAUCUCCACAUCAUGGGUUGUAGUGGCAGUCUUGUCAGUGAUAAUUGUCAUAUCACUGGUCAUCAUGUUCCUGUUUUGCUACAAAGACAAACUGGAGCCUUUCUCAAAAAACCUACGGGCAUGUGUGCAGAAUCUAAAACGAAGUCGGAUUCAGCAGGAAACAUCACCAGCACCCUACAGUAGCUGCCAUGGUCCACAGAGCUGCACACUUUAUGAAAUCACCUACCUGAUACGCCAGGAGGACGGCCCACAGGAGAAUUUUGACAACACCUGCUCCAAUGACAGAUUGAUACACGGUGACCCGCCGUCAGAUGAACAGGAUCAGGGGGAGGGGCCUACAGGGGCCGGCCGAGAGCUGCCAAGCGGAGAGCCUGCCCCACCCGUCUCCUCCGGCUCCUGCAGCUGCGUUCUGUCUGUGAACGAGCCCCUGGAGGUGGGGGAAAACGAGGACUGCAGCCAGGCGGUGGCCACGGGCCUCACCCGGGCCUGCUCCUGCGGGAGCGAGAACGGGGCGGGCGGAGGGAGCCCCCUCCAGGAGACGCCCCUCUGCCGCAGCUGCUCCUCGAACACCUUCUGCUCCAGCUGCGCCAGCCGGCACGGCUCCUGUGAGGUGUGCCUGGAAUCCUGCGGUCAGGCGGCGAAGGACGCCGCUUCAGAGAGCAAGGGGUGCCCGUCGGUCUGGACCCGGGCAGACGGAGACUACAGACAGAACGAGCCGUGCUGCUGCAGCAUAGAUUCCACUACCAUCCCGGUGCUGUCCUCAGACAGUGACAAUGACCAGGGCCUGCCCCUCCAGGACACCAGCACACAGAAGCUCUCUGUGGGGGACCCAUCACUGGACCCCCAGUCAGAGUGCUCUAGUCACGCUGUAGACCCACCUCUGACAUCUGGUCACGUGACAGGAAACAACAAUACCACAUUCAUCUCAAAUGGACAAGUCAUGAACUUCAGUGGCGACGUCAUCGUGGUGUACGUCAGUCAGAACUCUCAGGGCAGCGGGGGAGCUCCUGAGGAGGACUUCGGCAGCCCUGUCCAGGAGGAGUCCAGCGAAGACGACUUCCAAGGGGUCGCCAAGCCUAAAGCGAACACCGUGCCGCAGGAAGACGCGCCGCUCCCGCUGCAGGAGCAGGCGCACCUGGGACUGGCAGCCAAUCACAGGAGCCUGCCUGGGCAGGAGAAGAGCAACGAUUGGUCCCCUGGGAAGUGUGUGUGA